UCGGCUGCUGACCCGUUGGUCAGGGAAUUGCGUCAGAGGUUAAGCCGCAAUGUUAAACCUAACGAGCAAACAAUAGACACCUUUGCAAUAGACAACUGGGACCUGACACAAGUGCCGGCAUUACCCCCUCCAAGACUACCACCCCCUCCUAUGGUAAAGGGUGUCACGUUUAAAAGGUCUAGAUUGCCCGGCCCUCCACCCCCUGUGCCACCAAAACCACCAAGCAAGGGGGCCAACAAUAAGCAACUGCUUGAACUGUAUGGCUCCAGCGAGUUGGCCACCAAGUUUAUCAAAGUGCUACAAAACCCUGGUGAAAAAGAGUUUGAACAACUGUGCGAUAAGGCUAAAUACGGGCGCAAUCAGGAGAUGAUGCACUUGUAUCGCGAGAUUAACGAGAUGAAUUCGGACAUGAAAGAGUAUCGCGAUGGUUUUACUUCGGCCAUGGCCGAUGCCGCCAAGCCAGAUACUAAGUUACGUCACCCGGAUGUUUUAUGUUUUAUAACUAAAUGGGUAAACUCAUCGGUUGGUGCUCUGCCGGGAGAGUCGACCCGAAAGGCGCUAAGAGAUUGGCUGAAUGUUUACCAUCAUUACGCCAAUAAUGCCGGUACAAUCGCCGCAAAGGAUUGCGAUUGGUCACCAUUUUCAGCCGGACCAGAGUCAAGCGUGAAAUCAAUCCAGAUACUUAUUUGCAAGGCGUUGGUUAACAUAGAUAAAUUGACUGGUAAAGACUCUAGCUCAAAACAU